GCCGGUUAUUGGCAGUCCUCUCCUCACGCUGACAGUGCUGAUCAUCAGUGUAGCCCCAUCAGUGCAACCUGUCAGUGCACAUCAAAGCUGCCAUUCAGUGCCAACUAUCAGUGCCAACUAUCAGUGUCAAUCAGUGCCACCUAUCAGUGCCAGUCAGUGCUGCCUAUCAGUGCCCAUCAGUGCCGCCUAACAGUUCCAAUCAGUGCCAUAUAUGAGUGCUGCCUUUCAGUGCCCAUCAGUGAUGCCUGUGAAUACCCA